AUGGCCAGCUAUACAGGCCCACCACCGUUCGACGAGGCCACCGAUGAAUGGCCAGCGUAUCAAGUUCGUCUAGAGGCAUUCUUCGAGGGCCAUGGCGUUACGGAAGAGAAGAAGAAACGGGCUUUGCUCGUUGCAGCGCUGAGCACCAACACGGUGGGCGUGAUUGCCGGACGCUGCGCGCCAGCCAAGUCUGUACCUGCCAUGGCCGCGGGCCGGAUCCAGCGCUGGGCCCUUAUCUUGAGCGCCUACAGCUACAAUAUCCAGCACAAGGAUGGCAAGGCCAACGUUCCGGCGGACGCGCUUAGCAGGAUUCCAGUAUCCUCAUCGACAGUUCCCGAGGAAUCCGAAGAUUGCGAUGGUUGUGAGACCCCGUUGGCCUGCGGGGAAACACCUGCAAUGCGGCUGUUGGGGUUCCAGCCGCGUUCUAGAUUAGACAACGCUGUGGUGCCUCUUGCUCCGGUUGAACGUAGCCCCUGCGAGACUGAUGUGCCCGGCUUCUUGCAGUCAGGCGAUCCAGUGUGGGUACGCAACUUCGGACAAGGAGAGCCCUGGACGCGGGCCACGAUCCGGGAAACGCAGGGCGCCCGGAUGGUAACGGCGGAUGGGGCUACGGGCGAGAUCAUACGCCGUCACUUGGACCAAGUCAAGGUGCGACUGCCGGACAAGGACCCACCUGCAGCGGGAUCGCCUGCAUCAACAGACCUACGGCCCCUCGAGGCUACCCCAACCCUGAGGAGGUCCACUCGGAUCCGAAGACCCCCCGAACGGUUCUCCCCUUAGAAAAAAAAGGGGGGGGGGAAGAAGAUUGUUGUGACGUCAGCCCACACGCGG